UCUACAAAGCAAUGACAUGGAAACUGUGGCUGCUCCCGAUGGCAUUUCUUCUGGCCUCUUCCGAAGCCUCCUUCGACUCCUGCCACUUCAUGCUAGAAAACGAAAUUCCAUUUACCUUGGUUUGCAAGGCCGAAUACAGCACCGACCUCAAGCUGAACUAUCGAGACAUUUGGCUCAGGGCCGACAUGCCCUACUGGCUUUGGUGGAGACGACGGCCCAGUUUGGAGUUGCUGAUCUCCUUUUAUGAGUCGCCCAUUUCGCCGUGCGAGAAUGUUAGCCUAACUCUCAACUGCCUCCACUGCGCAGACUCCGAGGAGCCUGGUAUCCACAUUCGACCCGAGAGUAUCCACUGCUUCGACUUCUCCUUCUCCUACGUGCGGGACCUAAUGAAGCACUGUGGCCUGUCGCCGGCAACGAAGUUCGAUCGUGUCGCCAUUUUUUAUGCGCGGCGGGUUCCCAAUCGGGAUAUUUCCUCUCGGGCAGCCAGGACUUGGCCUUGGAUCCUGGGACUUUAACUUUCCUGAGGGAGUCGAUGCUAGGCGGAUGCCAAACGCAAGGCCGGGGGCAACUAGAGAAUCUUCUGUCAAGCGGGGGACAAGUGAUCGGAACCGUUUUUAUUCUCCUGGAAAUUCCCAUCAAAUUUUUCG